ACUCCUCCGCCGCUAAAAUUGUUAAAUUCCACAGUUAUGAGAAAGUUAAAAAUGGCUGUAAAUUAUGAAAAUCUGCUAUUUUCUUUCGCUUUCAACCUUUUUAGGUCGUGACUUACAAUAGAUCUCAUAAAAUUUCAUUGAAUUCUGCGUCAUACAGAAGCCUUUUUCUGGUCACCGCACGACUCUAGUCUCUGCAUUUCCCUGAUAAAUUCUAUUGAAAACUGUUUUUUUUUUUCCCUAGUAUACAGUAAUGGAUGGUGGUCGUCGGGAGUAUAGGGGCGGGUACAGGGGCGGGCCGGCGGAUGGUUGGAAGGAUGUGGCGACGGAGUUUAUGAGAGGAUUGGUGGAGAUGAGUGUGGAGUUUGGGAAAGGGUGCAGGGAUGUAGUGCGGCAGAGUCUAGUGAGGGAGGAUUCGUUUUUAGUAAGGAAUUUUGGAAAGGAUUCGUAUAUUGGUAGUAGAAUUAUGGUUCCCUUUGGCAAUGUCUUCCGGCGAUUGAGGUUGUUUAAUGAGUACUUGCUGCCGGAGGAUAAGGAUCCGAAGCAUGCUUGGUUGGUUAUCUUGUUUGUCUUCGUUCUUGCUCUUGCAGUCUUGGGUAUAAGUACCAACCAAGGAACUCCCAUCAGAGUGACAAGGAACGUGUACAUACGCCCUCCCAGUGCCAAUCGUAUUUUGCUUCCAGAUGGUAGAUAUAUGGCCUAUAGAGAGCAAGGUGUUCCGGCUGACAGAGCUAGAUUUUCAAUAAUUGCUCCACAUUCAUUUCUCUCCUCUCGACUUGCAGGAAUACCUGGACUUAAGGCUUCACUGCUGGAAGAGUUUGGUGUUCGUUUGUUGACCUUUGAUCUUCCAGGUUUUGGGGAGAGUGAUCCUCACCCCAACAGAAACCUUGAGUCAUCUGCUUUGGAUAUGUCUUUCCUUGCUAAUGCUCUUGGUCUUAAUGGCAAGUUUUGGGUAGUGGGCUACUCAAGUGGUGCCCUUCAUGCUUGGGCUGCUCUUAGAUACAUUCCUCAUAGAAUUGCAGGUGCAGCAAUGUUGAGGCACAACUUAGACUUUGAUGUAUCUUUGUAUGAGGUAGUUUUGCUUCAGUGCUUCUACAACUCUGAAGAUUACAUUGGCAUGGUUGAGAGCAGGUCUAAGAACUCUAUGAAAAAAAUUGGUAUGUAUUAUCCCUUGAUGGGAUUUAUCAAUCAAAAAAAUGACCUUAGCCAUUGGUGGAGGAGGCAGACCCCUGAAAUUGGGGGCCUAGACCCCUAUUUCGGUAACAACAGUUUUUCUUUACUGGCUGUUGGAGCUUUGAUAGAAGAUCCUAUCUAUGAAGAAUUCUGGCAAAGAGAUUUUGAAGAAUCAAUCCGACAAGGGAAUGCAAAACCUUUUGUGGAGGAAGCUGUGUUGCAGGUCUCCAAUUGGGGUUUCAGCAUUGCAGAUCUCAAAAUGCAGAAAAAACAGCGGGGGAAGGGCAUUCUCAAUAUGGUCAAACUUUUGCUUCGUGGAUCUCAAGAAGAAUAUACGGGUUUUCUUGGUCCAAUACAUAUAUGGCAGGGAAUGGAUGAUAAAGUAGUCCCUCCUUCGAUGACUGAUUUUGUGCACCGUGUUCUGCAAGGGGCUGCAGUGCAUAAGCUACCAUAUGAGGGCCAUUUCACAUAUUUCUACUUCUGUGAUGAAUGCCACAGGCAAAUAUUUACUACAAUUUUUGGAACCCCACAAGGCCCACUUAACAAUACCAUAGAAGUAGAGCAAACUCCAUUGGAUGAUACAGAACUGCAGGAAGAGGUAACCCUAGGUGAUACACCGGUGGAGUGAUUUAUUGACUCAUAGGUUACAGAUGUUUAUAUGAUAGUUUCUCGCUCAGACUGUCACCCCUUUGAAGUGAAGGGUUUUGGGAAGAAUUUUUUUGGCCUUUAGAUUGUGGUGGUGUCAAUAGCAAUAGAAAUAUACAACAAAGAGAAUUCAAACUCUGGUUCCUGGUAAAUAUGCCUUUUAAGUAUAUUGGAAACUGCUAUCUUCCCAAUCAAUUAAAAUCUCAAGAGCCUUGAGAUUCUCUUACCCAUGUUCUAAAUAGCUUUAGGCAGUAGCCAAGAUGAACAUAAAUAUACACUUUAUUUUGUUUCCAUUGCUGUACCUUUUUUUAUAUAAAUUUUUGUUCCGGCC